GUCACAACUUCGACAUUCAUAACUUUGGUAGAGGUCGAUGAAUACUCUAGUACGACAGGCAGGAAGCGAUCUUAGUCGUACUUCAGUGCAAGAAUACCUCAAGAUGUUCGCUUCUGGUUCUAGGACAUCCCUUCGUCCGGCUUUACACCCCAGGCUGUUUUCAACGUCCGCGCCUACGAGAGGCACCAGACGUCAAGUUCUGAUUGAACUCUUGGAAGAGAUACCUCGUGUCGGUAAGAAAGCCGAAAGAGUUCUCGUAUCCCCAAGUUGGGCCAGAACACAAUUAAUACCAAAUCGUCAAGCACGUUACGUUCCUUGGAAACGGUCUUCUGAUAAGAUAUCCGUCCAAAUCAACUCCAAAAUUGACUUGGCCCAACUAGAAGAUCAACGUCUUAGAGCAAUCACGGACGGCUCUACGUCUCCCGAACUCCUGCAAGCUCUUGAAUCUCUGCCGGACACAUUCACCAUACCCGCUCGGACUACAUCUCCUCAUUUUCCAACACUUCACGGAUCGAUUUCUCUCGACGCGGUGAUUCGAUUGAUCGAAGAGAAUGGUGUGAGAGAAGCGGAUGCGGAGGUGAGCUGGGUUUCGGCCGAGGAGGGAAGUAAGAUGAAACAGCUGGGUAAGAGGGAGGUUUUAGUACGUCUCAGGAUUGGGGAUAGAGAGGAGAAAAAGGUGAUGGUGGAAGUUAUCAGACAAGAAUGAUCAGGAAGUAACCUCCCGACUCGAUAUCGUAGCGAUGUCAAUUUGACGGACGGAAAGUCAGAGAUCGGGUUCUAGUGGUCACCCACACAUGAGACAACUGCUUGGUAAAUAGCUCUCUGGCAUUCCUUCGAUGCAUGAUUCCUCAAUUUGAUGAUUCC